GAAUAAUAAUAAUUUGAUCCGCGUAGCUUCUAAUUUCCAAUUAAAUCUUGUUGUAAAAUCACGCAAGGUAAAAUCGGAGCACGUGUUGAUAGGCUUCUUUAAUAAUACUUGGAAAAGAUGACUGUCAAUUAUUGCGAUUAUUUAUUAAAAAAUGUUCACGAAGCUCUAGCUUUACCAGACAGCGGUGAAACAGUUCUGAUGCAAGGGGAUUAUGAGUACUGGCACUACGGUUGCGAUGGUUUCGAUGAUAGGGGUUGGGGAUGUGGAUACAGAACGCUGCAAACUAUUUGCUCUUGGAUCAUAAAGAAUGAGAACUUGGAAACUUGGGUUGUUCCAAGUAUUAAUACAAUACAACACACACUUGUUGCAACAGAGGAUAAAGACAAAACGUUUGCUGGAUCGAGAGAAUGGAUAGGGAGUUUCGAAAUAUCUAUUAUCAUAAAUCAGUUGUACGAUGUUCUUAGUAAAAUAAUUCACGUUCCGAGCGGAAAGGAAUUGACAAAUCAGGUAGAUAACAUUAAAGAGCAUUUCAAGCAAUUCGGCAGUCCAAUUAUGAUGGGCGGAGAUAGGGACUGCUCAAGCAAAUGUGUAGUAGGAAUACACAUUGGAAUUGGAGGUGUAUAUCUGCUAAUCGUAGAUCCGCACUUUGUCGGAAAAGCAAAAAGUGCAGAACAGUUAAGGAACAAUUGUUGGGUGAAAUGGCAAAAGCUGGAUGACUUUGUCGAUAGUUCGUUUUACAAUUUGUGUUUGCCACAGCUCAAGUAUCGCGGAUUAAUAAUUAAGAAUACUAUUUAGUUGGAAAUUAUAAUUUUCUAAAACACUGA